AUGGCAACCCAAUCACCUCUUGACCCUCUCAAAAGCUUGCUGAGAGUCAUACAAGACACAAGUCCAAAAAUGAAAGAAGUCAUGGGAUACACUUUUGUCCCAAGAUUCAUAAAUGCUCCCGAAACUGAACUCACCAAAGCUAUAAUAUGUGGGGUUGAUUGUGAUGAAGUUUAUCCUGGAAUAUUUGUUGGAGAUGAAGGAUCUGCUAGGAAGAAGGAAUUUCUUCGAGCCGUUGGUAUCACUCAUGUACUAAAUACUGCGGAAGGGACAAGUUUUGGUCAGGUGAAUACGGGCUUGGACUACUAUUCAGAUUCUGGAAUCAAAUAUCUGGGAUUAGAUUUAAUUGAUGCUCCCAGAACUAGAAUAAUAGAUUAUUUUGAUCAAGGUGUUAAUUUCAUUGAGGAUUCAGUUAAUAAUGGAGGUAAAGUUUUAGUGCACUGCCUGAUGGGUUUGUCAAGAUCAGCUACAUUUGUCGCUGCUUACUUGAUGAUUAAGAAAAAAAUGACUGCAGUGGAGGCUCUUCGCACCAUCCGCUCUCAGCGGGAAGUGAGGCCGAACGACGGCUUUCUAGUUCAGCUGAUACAGCUUGAGUCAAAGGGUUUGGAUAAAUAA